AUGACAAAUUCAGAAGCAAUUAACCCAGAAGUACUACAAAAUACAAUAUAUACACAAGAUGAUAAUCGGACCAAUAUAACAAAUGAGUAUCUAAAAAGGAUUGUAAAAAUAAUUAUUCUUAUAAUAUUGGCAAUUAUAGCAAUAUACGUUAUACCCAAAAGAAGUGAUGAAUUAAGAAUAGAAGAAAGACAACUAAGAUUAGAAGAACAAAUAAGAAUAGAUGAUGAAAGAUGCAGAGAGGACUUGAAAGAAGACAAAAGGCGCAGAGAUGAAAUAACCCAAAAAUUACAUGAUUAA